AUGGCUAGUACAAACGGAACCCAUCUUGAAGAGGGCGGGAGCUCACCGCAUCGUAUACUUCUAGUCAGCGUCCCUCGCACUGCCUCCAACCUCCUCCUGAAAGUGAUGAACAUCCAUAACCAGCCCAAAGUUUUCACCAACGAGAGGGCUGGAUACAGUUUUGACGAUGCAUUUGUCAGUGUCACGAAUGGCGAGCGCCUGGUGAGGCCUAUCUGUCAAUGGAUGGAACCCGAAAAGCGAGAAGUGCAAUCUGCACUUCAGACUUGCCUUGAUAAACUGGAAGAGGGCUCCGCGCUGGCGCGCAAAGCGGGCAAAAUCUACUUCAACAAGGAGCAUGGCUAUGAAUUCGCAAACCCUGCUUCUGUUGAUAAGAUACUUCAUGGCAACCCGAACGUCAAGUACUUAGAUACCUUUCGGCUACGAGCACCCCUGGCCUAUGGUACUACUCAGACAUUUGGUCCGCUUAACGAGACGGUUCUACCAGAUGAGUACCUACGUACAUGGAGGAUAUCAUUCAUUAUUCGACAUCCAGCGCUAGCAUGGCCGUCGGGUUACCGUUCGAUAUCGAAGAUGGCCGCAGCCGGGACUGGUUAUCUGGCUAGCAAAGAGUUGCAGUUGAUCACCAAAACUUUCCACUGGACGCGCAUAUUAUAUGACUGGUGCCUGGAGCAGCCGGGUGUAUCAAAAGCUCCCCCAGUGCUAGAUGCCCACGAUCUGAUCCAUAGCCCACAAGUCGUGCGACUAUUCUGCGAGCAGAUAGGCCUAGAUACAAGUGUCCUUCAAUAUGAAUGGGGCCAGAAAGAUCCAGAAUCAAAGUCUGAAUCUCAGACAUCUGUUGGCCUAGAUUCUGAGGAUGAUCGAGAAGUUAAGCGCUUUGCGAUUGCCUUGUCGACUCUGAAGGCCUCGAACGGAAUUCUCAAGAGCAAAGCACCCGAAAGUAUCAAUGUCGCUACCGAGGUAGAGAAGUGGAAGACCGAGUUUGGGUUUGAAGUUGCUGCGAUGAUUGAAAAGUCCGUUUGGGAAUCUAUGUCGGAUUAUGAGUACUUAAAGGCACGUCGCGUAACGGUCUGA